CGAAGUGUUUCCGCACUGUUGUGUGUUCAUAGCAUAGCAUAGCAUAGCCUAGCAUAGCAUAGCCGUUCUCUGCUCUCUGUUUUCUGCACCCACCCCUGUGGUUGUGUUGCAGGGAAGCGCGAGGGGCCCCUGGAGUGGAAUAGAGUCAUCAUGGCUGCUGUUUAUUCCGAAAAAGGUGGCACAUUGCAAGGAAAUGUUGUUGUACUUUCAAAAGAAAACGAAGAGGGUACCUGUAAUGCUGGAGUACCUAGCGACCCCAACCAAAUUAAAGCAGAUGAUCUAGGUGCAUUCGUAGACUCAAAGCUUAGUGGCCCAGCUACAUCUAAGAACCACGCCGAGAUGGAUGGGAUGAACGCCAUGCCAUCCAUUAUAAUAAAAGAAGAGCGGAUUGAGGAUGAAGAAUAUAUGCAGAUAAACUUAAGUGAUGUCGGUGUAGAGUCGGAGGAGACCGCUGCUGAUAAUGGGAAUGAGUCCACCCAAGAAGAAAAUGUUGAUGGGGAGUGGCAACUCCGCUGUGUGGAUUGUGGCGAGACCUUCGGGGACAAAGAGAUCUACCUGGAGCACCGUCGCGCGCACACCCACGACGGUCCUAUUGUGUGCCUGGACAGUGACUCUCAGUUCGACGACCUUCUUGUCUCUCAGGAUGGCGGGCGGCGGACUCUGUGCUGUGCUCUUUGCGGGCGCAAAUUUUCAAGUUCACGUGGCUUUUUCAGUCAUCAACUGAAGCAUCGUAAUCAGUCACUGAGGCACGGUCACGAGAACAGUUAUGGGCAACCUGGUGCAAAGCAGCGUUUUUAUGAGUGUCAAGACUGUGGUAAGACAUAUUAUACCAUUGGCCAGUAUCUCAACCAUCAACGGUCCCACAAACAGGCCUCAAAGUCUGUGUUUCAUCAGUUAGCAGACCUCAAAAAGAAGUCGUUCCAGUGCCCUACUUGUGGCCGUUCAUACUCUCGUGCUUCAGCUCUCGAUGCCCAUCGCCGCUGCCAUGAGGUGAAACUGAUCAAACCUCGACCUGGUGCUGCAGGAAAGGCACCAGUGGCACAGGAACCUGCAAAUGAAAAUGAAGGUUCCGACCAAGCCACUGAGACAGUAGAUGAAAGCCAAAAGGCGACAGAUGAAAGGCAAAAAACACCCACACCAUAUGCUUGUCAAUGUGGCCGAUCUUUUCGCACAUUGUGUGGCUUAAGCACACAUCAACGCUUUAGCUCUGUAUGUAACCCCACUGUUGUCAAAGUAAUCAAGCAGGAAAGUAAGCUGCCGUUCAAGUGCUCACAGUGUGAGAAGCAGUUUGUGAGCCCAGUGGCACUGGCAUGCCAUGAACGUUGGCACAGAAGGCGCGACAUGAUUCGCAGUAGUGGCGUCUCCCUCAAGUGUGAGGAGUGUGGCAAGUCUUUUACCUCACUCACCUUUUUCCACAAGCAUCAAAGAUUGGCUCACAGUGAGGAGGCACCUGCAAAGUCUUUCCUUCAUCAAGUGUGUCAGCUGCAGAAAAAAGCGUUUGAAUGUCAGGAUUGUGGACGGCGGUUCUCCAGAGCCUCAGCUCUCCAGUCUCACCAGCUUUGCCAUACAGAUGUCUACAGCGACAUUUUAGAAACUCCAGCUCAAACAUCCAACGUGACCCCUCCAUCACCUCAAAAGCUGUACUUGUCCAACAAAGAGCAAGCUGCGAACUUUGCUAUUGGGGCAAUGGCUUAUUCACAAGAUGUUAGUGCAGAUGUUACCGCUGAACUCAACAGCAGUGAGACAGAUUACAUGGAAGAGGGAAAUGAGACGGCAGACUUGAAUGUAGAGGUUGUUAGUGUAACUGCAUCAGACGGCUCAUUGUUUGGAAGUGAGGACGAGCUAGAACAGGACCAGAAUCCUGACCUGGAAUUGGUGUGUGAAUCUGAUGCUGAUGAAAGAGAGGAGUUGCCUCCUCUUACAACACAGAAUGAUGCACCUACAUCAACACAGCAUUAUAACCCACCCACGUCACCACAGCAAUACAAACCUGAGGCUAAUGUGAAAAUUGUGAAGGUGAACUUUGCUCCUGUUAAUGACCAAAAUAUAAAGGGGAAAGGCUUGUACAGAAGUGAACCUCAACAGAUUGUGAAUUUUGAGUGUCCAGAGUGUGGCAGACAGUUUGAAAGUGCCGGUGGCCUACGUUGUCAUAGACUGUGGCACAGAGGAGGGAUGGGUAAAAAAGCAUGCGUUAAGAGGAAGAUUUCUGCCACCAGUUCUGUAGUGAAACGCCACUUUGUCUGUGAUAUCUGUGGCCAUAAAAGUUACUCAAUGCCUGCACAUAAUGCCCACUUGGGGAAACACGAAGAGAGAACCCCUUACAAAUCAAUCUCGUACCAGCUUGCGGAGCUUAAAAAGAACAGCUUUAAAUGUGAUGAAUGUGGAAUGCGCUUUUCUCGACUCUCUGCCCUGCAUUCCCAUCAGCAGCAUCAUAACAGUGAAAAGAAACCGUUUGCAUGCCAGAACUGUGACAAGAGCUAUUCUAAUGCCAGUGGUCUGUACAACCAUAGAAAGACAUGUUACCCUGGAAAAAUUGUUAAGGCCAAGCCAGCACCUGAGGUGAAAAAAGAGGCUUUUAACCCAAAGAAAACUCUACUCGGCCCAAAGGUUCACCAGUGUAAGCGAUGCGGGAAGAGCUUUUGGUCCUUUGGAGCCUUGUCUCAUCACAAGCAGUACCAUCCACAGUGUGCAACUGUGAAAUCUGACCCCAAUAACCCUGUUAAUGGCCGUCCCCGUCGUGUCUCCUGCCCUAUUUGUGGGCACAAGUUUCGGAAAAGGGGUAGUCUGGCUUGGCAUAUGCAGCGACAUAAACAGAAGACGACGGAGGUGCAUACCUGCGGAGAAUGUGGCAAGUCUUAUCGCUUACUCACCUGUUUCCUGAAACACCAGCUUGUGCAUGGGGACGCCCAAACUAAUCCUCCACCAAUCAAGUCCUUUGAUUUUCAGGUAGAGCAAGUAAAAAAGAAUUCAUACAGCUGCACACAUUGUGGGAAACUCUUCUCCCGUGCAAUGGCUCUCCAGUUCCACAUGAGAAGUCAUGGGUACGAGGCUGGCUUUUCUUUAUCAAAAUCUGAAGCUAGAGAAGAGCUGCAGUGCCCAACCUGUCCCAAUAAAUUUCAAAAUGAAGCGAAGUUACAAAAACAUAAAAAGAAAUGUGGACAAACUAAAGAGAACAAGGCGGAUCAAGUGCCGACCACAGAGGGUGCAGAGAAAUCAGAGUCUAAUAUGCCCAAUAAUUUACAGAAUGCAUCUAAAUCUGAUACUGUUCCCCAGAUUUCCUCAGAACCAAAAACAGUUGAUCUGAAAUAUAAAUGUGCUGUCUGCGGGAGAAGCUUUGCUGUUGUAGGAGCACUUAAUUUUCAUAAAAGAAUCCAUCUUAAGAGUCACACUCAUCUGGUCAAAUCAAAAAUUUCCAGACUUAGUCGAGGGGCAAACUUGACCACAGAACAGAAAUCUGGCAAAUAUCCAUUUACUUGCACUGACUGUGGUAGACAUUUUACAAAUAAUUCCGCUUUAGGGACUCACAGGCGAUGGCACACUGAUAAAAAAUUUGCUGGAUUUUUGUCGAAAGAGGAGGAAACUUCAGUUAAAAAAUCUGUUGACAAUGGGCCGUUUCUUUGUAAUCUCUGUGGCAAGGGAUUCUUCUAUUUGUGUGUUCUACGACGGCAUCAAAAACACCACCCCCCGCUCGAAGAAAAGCCAUUUGGAAAGUCCCAAACAGCAGAUCUGCUCCCUGAGUCAAAUGCUACGCCCUCAGCAAGCUCUUUAUCUUGUCCAGAAUGUGACAUGACCUUUUUUAGUGGCACACAGUUGGCAAUGCAUUUUGAGAAUCACCAUGCCAACUCAACAGUGCCCAUUUCUGAAAAAUCAUCCCUCCAUGUCCCUUCCCUUAAAGACCCAUCAGUUCAAUCUCAAACGCCAACCAAUGCAAACCCAUCAAACACCCCCCCAUCAAAAAAGAACAACUUGAAACUGAAAGUUCAUCAGUGUCCCCACUGCCCAAAGAAUUUCCCUAAAAUCAGAGGACUGCGAGCACACAAAUGGCAGGCGCACAGGAAACCAGUUGAGCCUGUUGCGCCCGCCGUGCCAUUGGUGCCCCUGAAACCCUUCCCUUGCCCUGAUUGUGAAAAACGGUACAGUUCUCAGGGAGCCCUUUACAAUCACCGAAAGACAUGCAAAUCAGUGAAGGUUGAGCCCCGCAAAGCAGUGAAGGCUGAACCUCGCAAAACAGUAAAGAUUGAACCCCGCAAAGCAGUAAAGAUUGAACCCCGCAAAGCAGUAAAGGUUGAGCCUCGCAAAGCUGUAAAGGUUGAGCCCCCCAAACCCCUAGUCACAAAAGUAAAAGUGGAAGAAACUGCCGUUCCACGCAGACCUGUGGAGCUGGUUAGCAAGUGCUUCUUCAAGUGCCACAAGUGCGGAAAAGCUUUCCCUAGUGAGGAGCAGUUGAAGGCUCAUAAGGACGUAGCAAAGACACGGCCUUUCUGCUGUGCCCUCUGUUGCCGGGGCUACUGGACAGAGGCCCAGCUGCAGCAGCACCUCUCCUGGCACGACGAGGUCCGUAAACGGCUGCCCACUGAACUAAGAUACAGGCUCAGUACCUCAGUCUCACCUGGGCUCAAGCCCAAACCUCAACCCCCACUUCCCAGCCCAGAGAAAAAGAACUCUCCGUCUCAAAUUAAGCCGUCUGCAGCUAAACCUGUUGCACCUCCUCCCCCUCAAAAGGGCCACAAGUGUCAGCACUGUGGCAAGUCUUUCCUGUCUCCCAUGGCCUUGCAGCAGCACCAGGCUCAGCAUACUAAGUCUUUCCAAGACCAGCAUAAUAAGACUAACCAAGAUCAGCCCACUUACCAUUGCACCCUGUGCCCCCUUACCUUCACUGAGAUCCGGGAUCUCAUUGAUCACCACCAGGAAUGCAUGGGUGAAAAAGAACAGAAAGAUUCUGGUUCUGAACCGCCCGUUAGACACAGUGACAGCUUAACAUGCAUCGAGUGUGGAUUGUCUUUUGGUCAAGAGACUGAGUUGCAUCAGCACUACAUAGAACAUGCACGUGGAGAAUACUGAUUUGAAGAUAUUAAAAGAAUGUCUUUGGGUUAAAGAAUGAAUGUUUGUAUGAAGACGCUAUGAUUUAGAGGAUCUAAUUUGAUCUUCUGUCAAAAACAAGUUCUUUAUUGAGACAUGUAGUCUUUGUGAGUAAAAUGUGACUUCAGGUUUUUACUAUGGGAAGUCAAUGUUUAUUUCUCAGGCUAAAUUUUUGCGCUGGACAAAAAGUACUUUGAGAUCUAUAUUUCCUGUGUAGUGAUCAGUUCUUUUAUUACAUAUAACACUUUUGUCAAAUAAGUUAUUUUAGGUAAUGGGGUGCUAUAUACUUUUUCCAUAUGGUCAUAACUACCAAGUGCAACCAUCACUUAAAACUAUUCUUUAGUGCUAGACUUGCAACUGUGCCCCUCGUCCUGACCUUGUUUUGCAUUACCCAUGUAAAUUUGAUGUGUGUGUGUGUGUGUGUGUGUGUGUGUGUGUGUGUGUGUGUGGAUAUAUGCUCUCUCUUUUCUACCCUUUUGUGAUUAGGACUACUAACUUAAUAUACUUGACUCCCCAUCAGGCUAUUUUUAUUCAUUUUACAUCCCUCUCCCCAUAUUAUGAACACUACACAUGCUCUACUGUUAGUCCAAAACUAGCUGGCUUGUAAUGUUUCUUGUGUUUGAUAUUAAUGAUGUUCUGUUAUUGUUGAUUUAAAUGAAACAAUGUUUUUUUGUUUGUGUUGAUUUCAAAUCAGUCAAAAAUUAUAGAAUAAUUGUAGCAGCUAAAUGAAUCUGUUUUGUUUAAGUUAGUGAGGUUUAGGGUUGUUUCUUGUCUUACCUCAUACAGAUUUUCUGUACACUGGUGCCACCUAGUGGGGUAGCUUCAUAAAUCUAUACCCUUUUAAAAGCUAGAAUUCAAAGGGAUAUCUUUUGAUGAUACCCAAUGGAGAAGAAUGGCAUCUCCAUUACUCUGGAUUUGAGGAAAGAUUUCUAACACUUUUGUUUAUUCUUUAUCUUGCUUUCCCAUAGAUCGAGUUACUUAUCUAAUUAGUGAUAAGUUACUGAUUUUUAUUAUUACAGCAUUAACUACAAACUAAGCAUCAAAAUGAACUAAAACCAAUACAGGUUUGUUUCAUGAAACUGAUGGCAAGUGAAUAAAACAAUUCAAGACAAAAUAUGCAUGUUUGUCCCUGUUGUGGGUUCAGUAAGUUGGUUUCUGCCAGUUCAGUGAGAAGAGAAUCUUUGCACUGUGUGUUUCAUUGGGACACCUUGUUUGAAAUUCUCGGAGUUAUCUGCUAUGUUCCCCCACAAAUAUACUCUCAUUUGAAAUACUCAUCAAUGGGCUUUGACUGUACAUUGUCAGGGAUUGAAGGAUUGUCCUAUCUAGUGACUAGUUAUAUGGCAUUUAUUGCCCUUAAUGUGCUUUGAUGUUGAUUAGUGAGACAGUGGUCAUACAAUUGUCAUUUGUAAAUAAUUUCUAAAAAACACUUGAAAUAUAUGCUUGUCAUUAAUUAUUUCAGUCCUUGAAGCACAACUUGAGUACAUAUUUCUCUUGUUUAUGGUACAUAUCUGUUGAACUAUCCAGCAUUAAUACUUUGACUUAAAAGUCAUCAAAUAUAAGGCCUUGGAGAAGUCUGAUAUUGGCUUUAGGUCUGCUCAGCUCAUCCUUAAACAGUCUACACUUGCUUUUGAAGUUUUAUCCCUGAAACCUGGGUAGAUUUGCCACUCCAGACCAGAAGUACACAUCAUGUAAUCUGAAGUUUAAUGGGUUUAGAGACAAGUUUCAUGCUUAUAAAUCUUACAUGUAAAAAUGCAUUGGUUAGAGUGAUCUCUACUAGGUUACUUCUUUGAACUAUCCUGAUUGUAUGCAAAGCCUAAAUAAAGCACUAUUCAAAGAUA